UUCCUGGCAUCAAACGCGUUUAAUAUUGUAAAGAUGAGGCUUUCGUGGGCGUCCGUGGCUUUUGGAGCUUCAUGUCUUGUUCUCAAUGUUUUUGCUUAUGACCCUACCGAUAGUAUUAUGGAUGGAGACUCGAGUCAAUCCGGCUAUCUCCCUAAUCAUAAUAUGGACCCAGCAGUCAUUUCUGGAGGCAGUUUUGGCCAGAUCUGGAAAUACUCAACACCAGCAGGCGGAUCAGAGCAAUUCUACGCCAAACCUCUCGUUUUCACACCUGCCAGCACCGGCCGCCAGGUUGUUCUUUCCUUUUCCGAACAAAAUAGAAUAUAUUCUUUAGAUGCUGCCAACGGCACAUUGUACGCUACGCGAGAUCUUGGGCUUGAAGGCGAACCGCCGUUCUUGGUGUCGGACUUGGGGCAAUGUAAUGAUAUCAGUGGGACGAUUGGGAUUACGGGUACGCCAGUCAUUGAUCCAAAUACCGAGACAAUUUAUUUCUGGGCGAAGAGUUAUUUGGGAGCCGGGAGAGGGUACCAGAAUGGCGCAUAUCGAUUUCACGCUAUUGAUGUUGUUACUUUGAAGGAGAAACCUGGGUUUCCAGUCAAUCUCCAAGGUACUCCGGCUGACAACGACAAUACGCGGUGGUUCACUGGAGGCACUGUGCUGCAGAGACCCUCUCUGAAUAUUGUGAAUGGGGUAGUUUUUGCCGGAUUCGGUGGCCAUUGUGAUCAGUACAACUACACUGGAUGGCUUGUGGGUAUGAGUGCAUCGGAACCCAAGGUCAUCACCGCCUACACAACCAACGGUGGACCAGGUGCUCCUCCCCAGGACGGAACAUGGACUGGCGGGGGAGGCGACGCUGGAAUCUGGAUGGGAGGAUCAGCCAUUGCGUCUGAUCAUACCGGCCGAGUCUUCUUUGUCACUGGAAAUGGCUGGCGAGGAUCCGUCAAUCAAAAUCUACCUGCAUCCGGACGUAUCACUCUUCACACGCUCAGUGAAUGCGUGGUCAAUAUGGCUGUCAAUGCAUCAACAGGCGUUGUGACACAGGCGGAUUACUUCGAGCCGUACACGUACACUGCUAUGGAUGCUGGAGAUCGUGAUCUUGGAGCGGGCGGCGUUAUCCUUCCGGACCCGAAAACUUUCAAUGGUGGAGGAAUCCAAAGACUUGCUAUCGCGGUUGGAAAGAAUGGCAUUGCGUAUGUCAUGAAUGCUGAUAACUUGGGAGGUUACAAGCUUGGUGUUGGCGGGACUGACGGCAUCAUCCAGACUAUUCCGAUGCCUGGUGGCGGAUCUGUCUUUGCCAAUUCGGGAACAUAUCCUUUAGAAGGCGGUUUCCUUUACAUUACUCCCGCGGGUUAUAACACACAAGUCUAUAGUCUCGGACACACUAACACUGGGAUUCCUGCCUUCACUCUGGUGGCGCAAACACCAGACACAUCGGCAGGCAGGCCGGGCACUGGACCAGCUACGGUCACUACGUACCAAGGUCAAGCAGGAACAGGUAUUCUCUGGGUUGCCGAUCCCGAUGCCGGGUUGAGAGCCUACAACGCCGUGCCCGUAGGUGGUGUGAUGACCAAAAUCAACCUUCCAGCAACUCCUUCAGUUUCCAAAUACCAGCGUCCCGCGUUUGGGAAUGGGCGAUACUACUUAUCUACUUCUAAUGGUCAAAUUCUAGCUUAUGGAUCUCCUGUCAAUAUGCCCAUGACUUGCACCUCACCAACUGAUUUUGGAUCGGUCCCGAUCGGAAGCUUGAAAACGCUCAACAUCAAUUGCACCGCAAAUAUUGCUAUCACAAAAAUCACUGGCUUGGUUCUCCACAAAAUCUUGUUCACGGCGUUAAACUCGAGUCUGCCGACAGGAGCCUUGGCUAAAGGAGCAAGUUUCUCGUUCCCAGUGACAUUCGAUCUGACCAACCAUCAACUCAACUCCGGGAGCACAAGUUCUCCCCAAGUCGCCCCAGGUGUUCAAACCACUUCAAUAGAUCUUCUCACUGUCAAUGGUGUAACCGGAUAUGCCACCACCCAGCCCGUUACUUUGACUGGUAUGAGCAUCAGUUCUGCUCCAUUCAUCACCAUGAAUCCACUGCAAGUUGAUUUCGAUGGGAUUGUCGUCGGCUCUGCGGACCAGGAGACUGGCAGUGAUAGUACAUUUAUCAUCAAUAACGUGGGCUUGGGCUCAAUGACAAUCACUGGCUUCGGGUGGACGAACGGGUCUGUUUCCAGCCCAACAGCAAUCUUUCACAACCUCACGUCGGCCACCGAUGGAAGUGGCAAUCCAGUUACCGCAUUUGACGGCAAUGGGUAUUUCACCUCCAUCAACAUGCCCUCGGUUGGUACCGUCAUUCCCGGAGGAGGAUCCGUCACUGUUAAUGUUAACUUCAAUUCCAAUGUGACCGGAACUUAUUACACAUCUCUUAAGGUUUAUUCCGAUGGCGGCGAUGCGUAUACUAUCUUCACUGGUUCCGCGGCCACCAGUCCAGUCGCAUUACUCGACUAUUCCAACGGCGAAGGGGGGUGGAUCCCAAUUCCAGAUUGCCCAGAUCCAACACUGGGCUGUGCAGCUCAGAUACCUUUCGCACCAUCUGGAGGAUUGACUCAACAAACCAUCACCCUCCGUCUCACCAACGUCGGUGGUUCUGCGCUGACAAUUACAAAAUCCAAACCUCUGGAAGGAACAGUACUCGGAGCUACCUCGCCGAAUACAGAUUUCUCCGAAGGUCUCUCAAUUGUUCCAGGGACUUCAACCACGGCUUCGGUUCUCUUUUCUCCUGGUGGAUCCACUCUGAACGCAGCCACCAUCUACUAUUCAGGAGCCUGGACCUUGAACACCGACGACCUGACAUUUGGUGUCCACACGCUCAACUUCACCGGUUCUCUCACCUCGAAGCAAGUCGGUCCAAAAACCCCAAGCGGAUCUGCACUAUACGGAUAUCUCGGCUGCUAUCUCGACUUCACCAACGGCGCGCGGAUUGAACCGCAUGAAAGCGACAAUGUGAACCAGACGAACGGUCUCUGCCAAACCACUGCCCAAACAGCAGGAGCUGUCUUUGCGGGAACGGAAUACAUGACGCAGUGUUUCUAUGGCUCUGUAAUUCCGAGCGCAUCUCUAUUAGCGUCGGAUUCGCUGUGCUCUUACUCUUGUGGUGGGGACUCGAGCCAGGUUUGCGGUGGUCAGGGAGGGUAUUUGAGCGUCUAUUAUGAUACUACGAGGUACUUUCCUGCUAAUGGGACAAUUGUCGGGGCUUCUGGGCAAGGUCCGCAGAUUACUAAGACGGUCGGGGCUUACAAUUAUGCUGGGUGUUGGUCCGAUGUUGCAACUGCGAGAGUCCUGAGUGCGAAAGCCACAGCCGGAUCGACGAUAUCUUUGGAGAGCUGUGCCACGUUCUGUUCUGCGUAUACUUAUUUCGGGACUGAGUAUGCGGAUGAAUGUUACUGUGGGAAUACUCUUGCCGGUACGAGCAUUCUCCAUGCAGAUACAGACUGCAGCAUGGCUUGCACCAAUAACACUGCUGAAUUCUGCGGAGCCGGUAGCCGACUCUCUUUGUACAUCAAAAACGGAACUGCCAUUCCAACCGCUUCUUCAUCUUCGGCUACAUCGGGCAAAUCUUCCACGUCUUCAGUGGUGACGUCCGUUUCAUCUACACCCUCAGCUUCAGCAACUCCAACCGGUGCAUUCACCUCCCUAGGUUGUUACACCGAUAACGACGUGACAGCGCGGACCCUCGUCGGCGCGGCCAGCACAGGAGCCAGCAUGACUGUCGAAUCCUGUGCAGCAUUUUGUCAAGGCUUUAAUUACUUCGGGGUCGAGUAUGGAGCUGAAUGUUACUGCUCGAACACCAUUGCUUCAACCGGUGUUCCAACUACGGAUGGACGAUGCAGUAUGCCCUGCGCGGGAAAUUCUGCUGAGCUUUGUGGAGGAAGUUACGGGCUGAAUUUGUAUUCUCUGUCUCCCCCAUCCACUUCCUCUUCAGCUUCUCAAAGCUUGACAAGCACUUCAUCCGUACAAGUCACAACCUCAUCCUCCCUCAUAAUCACAAUAUCUUCCCGCACAAAAACUUUAUCAACAUCAGGCACUCCCACGCCAUCGAUCCCCGCCGCAGUCGGCGCAUACACGUAUCUUCACUGCCACAGCGAUAAUACGACCAUCCGCACUCUACAAGGCAAAUAUGUGGCUAAAGCAGAUAUGACGAUCGAGCACUGCGCGGGGAACUGCACUGGAUAUCUGUAUUUCGGAGUUGAAUAUUCGCAGGAAUGUUACUGCUCAAAUACCUUGGGCUUCGGGAGCUACAUCGCGACGGAUGGACGGUGCAAGAUGCUCUGUGGUGGAAACUCUGGAGAGAUUUGUGGUGGGGCGAAUGGGUUGACCUUGUAUCAGAAUUUGACGGGCGUUGUUUCUUCAUCAUCGGCGGCGCUGAGCAGUACGACGAGCUCCGUAUCAUCGAGCUCAUCGACGUCUGCUUCUGUGUCUGUUUCGACAACAUCCAGCUCCUCCGCGGCUACACCUUCAAGCAGUUCUGUCGGACUGUCAUCGACAUCCAGUGUAUAUUCAUCGUCCUCUUCGAUCUCAGUGACUUCCUCGACGCCUUCGACCAGCUCAAGCUCCGCUCAAACCUCAAGCAGCCAAAUAACAAGCUCAACGUCUAGCUCAAUGCCUGCCCAGACGACAUCAGGUAGCCAAUCUUCGACCUCUGUCUCUUCCGGCUCAACUCAAUCGAGCUCGAGUUCCAAGACGGCGACCUCCACAUCAAGCUCCACACAGGCAACAGCAAGCAGCUCAACCCUUUCCACCUUCAGCCCAAUUCCACCAACGUCGACGAGCAGCCUUCUAACGAGUUCGAGCUCCACAUCAAGCUCAGAAAUAUCGAAAGCAACUUCGUCUCCUUGGACUUACGUAGGCUGCGCAAAUGACACCGUCCUCGCUCGCGCUCUCACCGGCUCCUCCAAGACAAACGCCACCGCAAUGACCAUUGAAUACUGCCAAGCAUACUGCUCCUCCAAAAAUUUCGGACUCGCUGGUAUCGAAUACGGCGCUGAAUAUUACUGUGGUUACGCUCUCACCAAUAACUCUACCCUCGGCCACAGUGGCUGUACCUCCCUAUGCGCGGGUGAUAAGAGCGAGGUCUGUGGUGGGUCAAAACUGCUGAGCGUUUACAACGAUACCAGUUUUGUGCCCCCGAGUAUUCCGCAGAAGGUUGGAAAUUACAAUUACACUGGUUGCUACAAGGAAUUGACGAAUGCGAGAGCGAUCACAGGUUAUUCACUGACGAGCACGAGUAGUAUGACGGUGGAGAUGUGUGUUGGUGCGUGUCAGACGAAGGGAUAUACACUUGCAGGCGUCGAAUAUGGCAGCCAGUGUUUCUGCGGGAAUUCGAUCAGUCCGUUAAGUUCUGUUGUUGCUGAUAGCCAGUGCCAAGUCAUGCUGUGUCCGGGGAACAGCAAAGAGUGGUGCUCGGCAGGAAGUCAUUUACAAGUGUACUCGAGUUGAUCGUGCAUUCCGGGCGCAACGACUUUGUGGCUUUGUAUUGAUUCCGCAGCGUUCAUUCUUCUGUCCUCC